UACAUAACAACAUGGCAGCUGCACACGGGUCGUCCACACAUAGCAGCGCGGCUAUGGAGGGUUUCCCGUUCCCCUUGGCUGGCAAACCACCCGAGGACAGCACGAGUAAAGACCAGACCACUACCGGAGAGACGAAAAAGAAACCUUGCCGAGCCUGUACGGAUUUUAAAUCAUGGAUGAAGUUGCAGAAACAGGCGUCCUCAGCCUCAGUGGAGGAGAGCAGGCCAGUGGAGGAGCUGAAGCCUGCUGAAUGUCCGCUGGACCGCGAGGAGCUGGGCAGGAGCUCGUGGUCUUUUCUACACACUAUGGCUGCGUAUUAUCCUGAUGCACCGAGCACAGAACAACAGCGCGAGAUGACGCAGUUCAUCAACCUCUUCUCUAAGGUUUUCCCAUGUGAUGAAUGCGCAGAAGACCUGAGAACAAGAUUGAAAACUAAUCAACCAGAUGCAGGCAGCCGGCACAAGCUGUCACAGUGGCUGUGUCGCCUCCAUAAUGACAUCAACAUCCGGUUGGGCAAGCCGGAGUUUGACUGCAGCAGGGUGGAUGAGCGAUGGAGAGACGGCUGGAAGGACGGAUCUUGUGACUGAAACGUCCAACACUGUCAUGAACACGAGUGAAAUGCUGUCACAUACUGAUUCUGUGGACCUGGUAUUUCUGAUGCAACGAGCGCAGUGCUAAUCAGGAAUCAGACAUAUGUUGACUUUGCACUUUAUACUUGUUCUAAUUGAUGCAAUGAUUUAGCCGUAUAGAAAUGUCUAUGUUGUGCUUUUAAUCAAGAGUACGUUAUGGUGUGAAGACCUUGUUUUUGGAUUGUUGAGCUCUCAGUGGAAGUAAAUAGCCCAGGCUGGAUGAACUUAGAUAAAUCUGUCCCACAGAAGGAAAUAAAGAUGGUCUAUUUAUUUAAA